AUGAUAGCCUUCCUUGAGCGAUUCGUCUCUGAGAAUGAAACCGAUACAAACCCAGAAGAUGAAGAAUCAACUAAUUUAAGCUUAUGUCUGAGCCUUGAGCUUCAAGGCAAUCUUGAUUUCACUUGUACCGCCACCGCCGGCAAGGAUUUCGGUGGUCUUUACUCGACCACACCACUUGCAGUCAUAAGGCCGGCUGGACCAGAAGAUGUGGUUCGAGUGGUUAAGGUUGCUUCUCUUUCUUCCAAUCUGACGGUAGCUGCUAGGGGUAAUGGUCACUCCAUUAAUGGCCAAGCCAUGUCUGACAGAGGUCUCGUGAUAGACAUGAGAGCUAUGGAUGAUCUAAUUCAUGUGGUGAGCUUCACUGUUGAUGGCUCUGCUUACGUGGACGUCGGUGGAGGGGUAUUAUGGGAAGAUGUACUCAGAUACUGUGUGCUUAGUUUCGGUCUUGCUCCUCGUUCCUGGACCGAUUAUCUCGGCUUAACCGUCGGUGGAACCUUGUCUAACGCCGGCAUAAGUGGUCAAGCUUUCCGUUAUGGUCCACAAACGUCGAACGUGACUGAGUUAGAGGUGGUGACCGGUAAGGGAGAAACGAUGGUUUGCUCACAUACCCAGAACUCAGAACUGUUCUUUGGGGUUCUUGGUGGUUUGGGUCAGUUCGGGAUUAUCACCAGGGCUAGGGUUUUGUUGCAGAAAGCUCCAGAUAUGGUUAGGUGGAUAAGAGUAGUGUACGCCGAGUUUGAGGAGUUCACGAGAGAUGCUGAGUGGUUGGUGAGUCAGGAAGGGAGAGGGGAAUCGUUCGAUUACGUGGAAGGGUUCGCUUUCGUCAACAGUGAUGACCCAGUCAACGGAUGGCCGUUGGUUCCAUUACAUCCUGGCCAACCAUUUGACCCGACCCGGAUACCGACAACCGCUGGGCCCGUACUCUACUGCCUUGAAUUAGCCUUGCACCACAGUAGCCAUGACCAGUCCACUACUCUUGAUAAGGUGGUUGGACAGAUGAUACGACAGUUGCGUUACUGUGGGAAUCUGAGGUUCGAGGUGAGCGUUGGUUUCAUGGAGUUUCUACUGCGUGUGAAGCAGGCGGAGCAAGCUGCCAAGGCUAGCGGCAUCUGGGAUGCUCCACACCCUUGGUUAAACCUCUUCGUCUCCAAACGAGACAUCGUCGACUUUGAUCGUGCGGUCUUCAAGAACAUCCUCAGGCAUGGCAUUGGUGGGCCCAUGCUCGUCUACCCUCUGCGUAGAAGCAAGUGGGAUAGUAGGACAUCAGAAGUAUUGCCGGAAGGACGGGGAGAAGAAAUAUUCUAUCUGAUAGCACUGCUAAGGUUCAACCCUAGAUGUGGAGGAGCAUUGACGGUGGAAGAACAGGUAGGACAGAACGAGGUGAUAGUGAAGUGGUGCAGAGACAAAGGCUUGGAUUACAAGCAAUACCUGCCUCAUUACCGAACCCAAGAGCAAUGGAAGCGACACUUUGGAAAGAAGUGGACCCGGUUCGUUGAGAGGAAGGCCCGUUUCGAUCCUCUGGCCCUCCUAUCUCCUGGCCAGUCCAUUUUCUCCAGGACCACUCGAUCACUAGGGUAGUAGCAGAAAAAGUGUCUAGGGGUGUUUUAGUAAUUUUAAUUAUUUCUCCUUCUUUAAAAUAUGUAU